AUGUCCGUCAUAAAUCCCGGCAAGUCCGCGUCGGUCGAGGCAAGGGAGGCCACCGCCCGCGUCGCCUCUGAGCAGGAUGAUGCCGUCGCCGAGGCGCUUCGCAGCUACGUCCCGGGCUCCGACGAAGAGAAGAAGCUUGUGAGAAAGAUUGACGCCUACUUCCUGCCAAUGCUCUGGGCCAUGUACAUUCUGAACUACGUCGAUCGGACCAACAUUGGAAACGCCAAGAUUGGCGGCAUGUCCAAAGACCUGGGCUUGAGCGACGAUGGGUACGCCUGGGUCUUGUCGGUGUUCUUCUUUGGCUAUCUCAUAUGUGAGGUCCCGUCCAACAUGAUCCUCACCCGAAGCCGGCCGUCCAUCUUUUUGCCCACAAUCAUGUUGAUAUGGGGCAUCAUGAGCGCCCUCAUGGCCGUCUCGAAAAGUUAUGGCGCCCUCUUGGCCUUUCGGUUCAUCCUGGGGUGCCUCGAGGCAGGCUUCUUCCCGGGCGUGCUUUUCCUCUUGAGUUGCUGGUACACCCAGCCGGAAGUUGGGAAGCGAUUUGCCAUCUUUUUCACGGCCUCGGUGGCGUCGGGCGCUUUCGGGGGCCUCCUCGCGGGCGCGAUAACGUCCAAUCUGCACGGCGCGCACGGCCUCGCGGGGUGGCGCUGGCUGUUCAUCGUCGAGGGCGUGGCGACGGUUGGCGUGGCGCUCAUCGCCUACUUUGUGCUGCUCGACUACCCGGCGACGUCGAAGCGCCUCACGCCCGACGAGCGCCUGCUGGCCACGGUGCGCAUCGCCCAUAGUGGCAUCUCAAACAGCACGGCGGGGCGGCGUCGGCUAAGCCACUGGCAAGCUUUUCUGGCGGCCGUGUCGGAUCCCCGCACGUACAUGUUCGUCGUCCUUUACAUGCUCGACGUCGGGUCCGGGACGAUUUCGUACUUUAUCCCAACCAUCACCGUCAGCCUCGGCUACAGCACGGUCAAGGCGCAGUACAUGACGGUGCCCAUCUACGUCAUCGCGGCCACGAGCUGCAACGUCGUCGCCUGGUCGUCGGACCGCCGCGUCGAGCGCCGGUGGCACAUCGCGGGGCCCCUCGCCGUGGGCUGUGUGUGCGCUGCGGUCUGCGUCGCGGUGCAGACGGCCGUCGUCCGCUACGUGAUGCUGUGCUUCAUCGCCGCGGGCAUCUGGACGGUCAUGCCGCUGAUCCUCACGUGGACGAGCAAUGUCAUUGUCCUGCCGCCCGAGAAGCGCGCCAUCGUGAUUGCCAUUGUAAACGCCUUUGGCAACUUUUCGAGCGUCUACGGCAGCCGCAUAUGGCCGUCGACGGAUGCUCCGGCGUACCGCAUCGGAUUCGGCGUCACGGCGGCGUUCCUUGGGGGCGGCGCCGUCCUAGCCGCCGUGAUUCCGGUGCUGUGCAACCUCGUCAAGUGGAAGGGGACAAAGGCGGAGAGAGACUUGGCCGAUGAAGCCGACGUGGACUCGUGA